CGUGGGUUCCUGUAGAGUCCGUGUGACGUCAGCGCGUCGUCAAUUUGUGACGCCGUCUCUCUUUGUUGGCUUAACAGCGGCGACGUUUUGUUGUUAUUUUCGCAGCUGCUAGAAAACAAGCUCCGUUCACUUCGCUCCUUACCUUAUUCCGCCAUCAGCCGUGUGCACUCUGUAUAUAGACAGCUAGGUGAGUUUGUCACAAGUUGAUAACCACCCUAGGAAUGGACUCAGACGAGGGUUACAACUAUGAAUACGACGACGAAGAGGAGGAAUGUAGCGAGGACAGCGCUGAAGAGGAGCCCGAGGACGACACCUUGGAGCUCGGCGAGGUGGAGUUGGUCGAUCCCGUGGUGGCCGGUGGGGAACGAGAUGAGUGCGGCGAUACUGUCGGAGGCGGCCAAGGCCCCGGCGAGGAAGAAGAGGAGGACUACCGCUUCGAGGUUUUGACUGCUGAGCAAAUUCUCCAGCAUAUGGUGGAGUGUAUCAAGGAGGUCAACGAGGUCAUCCAGAAUCCUGCAACAAUUACACGCAUACUUCUUAGUCACUUCAACUGGGAUAAGGAAAAACUCAUGGAAAGGUAUUUUGAUGGCAACCUAGACAAACUUUUCUCAGAGUGUCAUGUCAUCAACCCCAGCAAGAAACCCCGCAUCCGUCCUCCGAUCAACACUAGAUCAUCUGCACAGGACAUGCCGUGUCAAAUCUGCUAUCUAAAUUUCCCCAACUCUUAUUUUACCGGCCUGGAGUGUGGACACAAGUUCUGCAUGCAGUGUUGGGGUGAUUACCUGACUACUAAAAUCAUAGAAGAAGGGAUGGGACAGACCAUUUCUUGUCCUGCUCAUAGUUGUGAUAUUUUGGUUGAUGACAACACAGUCAUGCGACUCAUAACAGAUUCAAAAGUGAAGUUGAAGUACCAGCAUUUAAUUACAAAUAGUUUUGUAGAGUGUAAUCGACUGUUAAAGUGGUGCCCUGCACCAGACUGCCAUCAUGUCGUCAAAGUCCAGUAUCCAGAUGCCAAACCAGUGAGGUGCAAGUGUGGCCGUCAAUUCUGCUUCAACUGUGGCGAGAACUGGCAUGAUCCUGUCAAGUGCAAGUGGCUGAGAAAGUGGAUCAAGAAAUGCGACGAUGACAGUGAAACUUCAAACUGGAUUGCUGCAAAUACAAAGGAGUGUCCAAAGUGCCAUGUGACAAUUGAGAAAGAUGGCGGCUGCAAUCACAUGGUUUGUCGGAACCAGAACUGUAAAGCUGAGUUCUGCUGGGUUUGCCUGGGUCCAUGGGAACCCCAUGGUUCUGCUUGGUACAAUUGCAAUCGUUACAAUGAAGACGAUGCCAAGGCAGCCAGAGAUGCUCAAGAGCGCUCCAGGGCAGCCUUGCAGAGGUACCUGUUCUACUGCAACCGCUACAUGAACCACAUGCAGAGCCUGCGCUUUGAGCACAAGCUGUAUGCUCAGGUCAAGCAGAAAAUGGAGGAGAUGCAGCAGCACAACAUGUCCUGGAUCGAGGUGCAGUUCCUGAAGAAGGCGGUGGACGUGCUCUGCCAGUGCCGCUCUACGCUCAUGUUCACUUACGUAUUUGCCUUCUACCUCAAGAAGAACAACCAGUCAAUUAUUUUUGAGAACAACCAGGCAGACCUGGAAAACGCCACUGAGGUUUUGUCUGGCUACCUAGAACGAGACAUCUCCCAGGAUUCCUUGCAGGAUAUCAAGCAGAAAGUACAAGACAAGUACAGAUACUGCGAGAGCCGGCGAAGAGUUCUGCUACAGCACGUGCACGAAGGCUACGAGAAGGACUUGUGGGAGUACAUUGAGGAUUGAGGACAUGUCCCAAUGCAACGGACUCUGGAGUAUCUUGACAAAAUAAGAGCGCUGAUGCAAUUUAUCAGGGCAGUACGGGCCUUCUGCUGCCUUUCUUUUUGGCAAAACCUACCACUUUUGCAUCAUUUCCCCGGGUUUGUUUAACAAUAUUAAGUAAAUUAUAUUUAAAUAAAAGGUAGAGUAAUGAAAAGUGUACUACAGUAUUGCUAGCAGCAGAGUGGAGAAAGUCCAUCUUAAGAAAAAAACUGACAUCCUUUUUUGGUUUGUAUUGUAACACCUCCCCUCAGCUUCAUUCUUUUCCUGUCCCCCC